AUGGUAAAAUUGAAAGUUUCUUCGGAUGUGGACAUUCCAAACUAUACCAUCUAUAAAUCCCUUAAACAAAUUCGAAAAUCCAACUUUACUAAUGCUGAUCAAGAUAACCCUCCCCUAAUAGAAGUAUGGGCAUGUGAUAUAGGCCCGUCACAAACUAAAACCUUUCUCAAACUUAUAGAAGAAACCAUCAGGACAUUGGACCCUAUUGACCUCAACCACAUUAAGCGAUUGAGGAAAAGGGAUAAUUCUGGACCCGUUAAAAUAGAAGCAGUUAUAUGCUCUACUAGGUUUUUGCCCUCAAAGAAUUCACUUCUAGCAUAUUUAACUGAGAAUUCCUUCGAUGAAAUCAACUACGAGAGUAUUCAUACUAUCAGCGUUCCCCACGCACUUCCCCUAUCCAAAGAGAGAGCACAAAUAUGGAGUCUGAAAUAUUGGCCAAUAUCCUGGAAAGGUAACCCAAAUCACCAGGAUUUAAUAACAGCAAAAUUUGACAUCAAUCAAGAAAAACAAAUGAUCUUUACACUCUUGAACUCAGUUAAAGAAAACGCAACGGUACCUAUAACUACUAUAAUAGCGAGGAAAGACGAUCUAACAGGAGAAAUUCAGAUCCUUUUCACAGCAAAUGAUUCGCGGGACAAACACCCUUUGGAACACAGCGUUAUGAAAGGUAUCUCCAUGGUCGCAGAGGAUGAAAGGCGGAAACGAAGUGUAGAAAAAGAGCCAGAUUUGGGAUACUUAUGCCGUGAUCUCUUGAUUUAUACCACACACGAGCCUUGCACGAUGUGUGCGAUGGCCUUAGUGCAUUCCAGAAUUCGCCAAUUGAUAUAUGUGUACGACCAUCCAAAAGGUGGGAUUCAAAGUUCAUAUUUCAUUGGUGACAGAAGGGAUUUGAAUUGGACGUACGAUAUCUGGAAAUGGGUUGGAGAAAUACCUUGCCAGAACCCUCGGGAAAUCAGUCAUUUCUCCCCUUGA